GACGAAUUUCAAACAUGGCAUGGCCUGUUCGUGUUAUUCUCAUAGCCGUUUUAAUGGUUGUUACUGGCUCAAUCAACACUUUAUCAACAAAAUGGGCUGAUAGACAGAAAGCUAUAGGAAAUCCAGACCAAAAUGAACAUUCAUUUGAUCAUCCUUUCUUUCAGGCUGUUGGUAUGUUCCUGGGUGAAAUGACCUGCCUUGUAGCGUAUGCUGUGGUUUUAAUGAGGAAACGUCACCAGGGGGACCGGGAGUAUGGAAGUCGAUGGGUGAACCCUCUUGUCUUUGCUCCACCAGCCAUUUGCGACAUGUGUGGAACAUCACUGAUGUACAUAGGCCUCACUUUGACUUAUGCCUCAAGUUUUCAGAUGCUUAGAGGUGCAGUAAUCAUCUUCACUGCGCUUCUAUCUGUGGCAUUUCUAGGUCACAACAUAAAGGCCAGAAUGUGGGCAGGUAUUCUCUGUGUCAUAUGUGGUUUGGGAGUUGUUGGUGUCUCUGAUGUCAUAUUUGGUGACAAGAAAUCUAAAGACAUCAAUGGAAUAAUAGCAGGGGAUUUACUGAUCAUCAUGGCACAGAUUAUAGUGUCCGUACAGAUGGUUUAUGAAGAGAAGUUUGUUGCAAGGUACAGAGUCAGUCCAUUGUUGGCUGUUGGAUACGAAGGCCUCUGGGGAUUUAUCAUACUUGGGAUAUUGUUGGUUCCAUUUUACUUCAUACAAGCUCAAGUGUUUAGUAAGCUUCCUACUCACAGACUAGAGGACCCACUUGAUGCCUUCAGACAGAUCAGUAACAACUGGCAAAUAGCUGCUGCUGUCAUAGGUAACAUAGUGAGUAUAGCCUUUUUCAAUUUCGCUGGAAUUAGCAUCACGAAGCUACAGAGCGCCACCACCCGUAUGGUUCUUGAUAGUGUUAGAACAUUGGCUAUCUGGCUCGUCUCAAUUUGUCUCGGAUGGCAGGCUUUUGAGGUAUUACAAGUAUUUGGAUUCCUGUUGCUGAUUUUGGGUAUGUGUCUGUAUUAUAACAUUAUUGUCCCAAUCAUAAUACGACACCUGCCUUGUCGUCGUCAGAACCCUGCCACAGAGGAAGAAAACGAACCAAUUCUACAACAAAACGCUCCAGGUAUACAAGAAAAUGCAUAAACACCUGGUACUGCUCCUGACAUUCCUGGUGAUGAUGCAGUUAUUUAGAACAAGUAAACUCUAAUUAUUAAGUUUGUGUUUGAUUCGUAAGGGCUUUCCAGACAGUUAUACAGGAUGUAUUGAAAAUGAUAUGUAUAUUAAAUCUAGAAUUAUACAUUGAUAAGUUUUGUAGAAUAUUUAUGGAUGGUAAAACAGAUAAACUGGCUGUCAUCCUCUUACCCAAUACAGAGCCAUGAAUGACAUUCUUGUGUCGCAUGAGUUGUCCUCACAUAGAUAUGGAGAAUUCAUGUAAAAUAAUGUGUUUUUGGUGCUUUAGUGUACAGUGGGGAAUCCCCAAUGUGUACAAUGGGAAAUCCCUGAUGUGUACAGUGGGGAAUCCCCGAUGUGUACAAUGAGAAAUCCCUGAUGUGUACA